UCUGACGCGACUGAUUUAGCAACGUCCCGUCGGUAUAUAAAACUACACACCUGCUACGGUUCCAACUACCUCGGCUAGUCGUCCUGCUGCACUCGGUAAUCAAACGCACAGGACAGCACCAGCAACAAAGGCACUUCUCGGUGGACCGAAGUUUUAUCCAUCAGUAAGCCACAGAAGAUGUCCUGGAAGAUGCAGUGUCGUGCAAAAUAAGCAAAAUCUUUACAACAAAAAUCUUCGCCACAGGGUUCUUCGCCCACUCCAAUAAUGCAUAGCGUGCAUUCACAAACAAGAACCAUCUACUAUCUCCCCGGUGCUGAUACAGAUUGUUGUACCAUGAUGAUAAAAUUUAUACAAGUUUGACUGUUUUGAUGUAAAUUUGGACUCAUUUUCGGUAAACCACGACUUCAUUCGCAUUUGAUUUACAUUUUGAACCCAUUUUCCAUUUCCUCCUGUUGUACUUCUAGAUGAUCCAAAUCACCAGAGCGCAGCUGUCCCCCCGCGAGCAGGAUGCUAAAAGCUCGGACGCUAACAAUCCCUCGAAGCCGCGAAAGCCGACUAUUAACCUGGAAAACAAGGUUCUCUCCAAGGACGAGUCCGUUCCUCAUCUUCCUGACGCAGAAAGCAGUUCCGGCGGAAGCACCACCGAUAAGGUAAAUGGCUUUACCACUUCCGGGGCAACGACGAGUUCUGGUAGUGCCAGCGGGGCAACAACGGGUGGAAUAACGGGCGCCACAGCGGGAACAAUAAGUGCGAAUGGGACGAAAAAUGACAGCGGCGCACAAUCACCAGCGACGCCAACUAACACAGGGCAAACCGCCACCACCUUCGCGGGUGUAGAACUCGUGUAUGAAAGUGCGCAACUCCCCCUCCCCCUCAUUUGUGUGGCAUGAACAACAACACAAACAACAGCAGAAAUGCCGCUUCCGCAUGACAAAUCUGAACACGGAUCGAUUGUAGUACUGUUUGAGAUUCCAAAAUUUGGCAUGCAGGCAGAGCCUCAAAGCAGGAUGUGGAUUCGGUAUUUUGCAUUACAAAUGAGGGGGAGAGCGAGUUGUGCACACUCAUAUCGUGAAGGUGCAAUUAAGAAGGUCUGCGUCGAAUCUGGAUAGCACGAAAAAAGAUUUCAGACGGCGAGGGAGGCGAAUUGUGUUUUGCUGUUUGCAAGAGGAUGACCCGGAGGAGAUUAUGAGGCUGCGGGAGGAACGAGCCAGGAGAAAAAGCGAAAAGAUGAAGAAGAAACAGGCGGAAGGAGAGAGCAGUAAAGGAACUAUGAAUUAUUCGGAGGGCGACUCAGCCCCGAUUCUGCAAGGGAACAACAAUAGCGAAAAUAUGAUGCUGCAAUCGCAGCAGUCCAUUACCAUAGCGCGCAUGGCCUCCCGGUCGAAAUCCAGCGACAUGCUGCAGUCGCAGGGCAGCGGGGAGAAGAAGUCGUUGAUGUCAGAUUUAUCCGGACGAGACAGAGGCCAGACGGAUUUGUCUGGUUUAUACCUCUAUCAAAUGCAAAAAUGUCUGGGUCUGGAAGAAUGCAACUUGUGAUGUGUAUUUCAGAACACAGAAAAGUCCCUCAUGCAUACUUAGCAAAAGCUCCUACUUUUUGUCAGCAAAAUAGGAGACGACUUGUCAUGCGGAUUCGGCAUUGCGGAAGGUUCUCGAAACCUGUGAUGCUAGAGCUUCCAUGCCAGACCUCCUGUGUCAUGCAAAAACAGCAUGACUCUUCCAGACCCAGACACUUUUACAAUGCAUAACCUCGAUGACCUCGAGUUUAACCUUUCAGGAGCAAAGGACGUAGACGUUGCAGGUUCACCGACCAUAUCCUGUGCAAAAGUAUCGUACUCGUAGUAAUCGCAGCGAUGCAUUACAAAUUUUUUCCUUAAGGUAAAUCUGCAUGACAAAUUUUAUUUCUCAUGCUGAGGAGAUUUGUCAUGCAUUUAUAUAUACGAGUACGAUACUUUUACAGUUCAUAGACCAGCAGCUACGCGGUGCCGCAGGAGUUGCGAAUAACGAACAACACGUCCACCCCGUCCGCAAUAGGCGGUUCGCAGACGCCGUUUGCGAGGAACAAAAGCCCGGGGCAUUUGGUGCUGACCAAAAUGACGUCGAAGUAAGGGCUGGAGGUGUAUGAUUUCUCGUUCUCAUUCGUCUUUCUCCCCUACCAAACCCGUAGCUUCUCAAACCUAUUUUCCAUGAUAUAAUUUCACACUGAGCAUUGUACUUCUUGUUUUGCAUUAUUGGAUACAACGUUUCUCAUAAUCGGACCACGUACCUUUCAUGGGGCCUUGUUAUCACAAUUAGGCCGACCUUCUGGGACUGUCGCUUAAUACACUUCGACGCCCUUUGAGUCUGUUUUGUAUCAAAAAUGUUAUUGUGAAAGUUUUCACAGAACAACAAACUAUAGGAUCCGCAUGAGAGCAGUUCUGUCGUAUCCACCACCCUUUAUGCGCUUUCGACAACAAGAGAAACAAUAUCCUGCCACACCAUCUGAAUUUGAAAAAGACUCCACUCGCAGGAUCAGAAGUUGAGAAGCUUAAAUCUCUGUAAAAAUCCAAGCAGUGGCACGAGCAGCGUCGAUAGACGACAGAAGCAGAACUAUCAUACGCUUCUCUCUGGCAACAGAAUUUUUUGGAAAGGUGUUCUAUUGCA